AGCGGCGGCGGCGGCGGCUCUGGACCGAGCGCGGUGGCCCAGGAGCGGCCCCGGGGACCCCGCGCUGCUGACGGCGGCCACAGCGACUCGGAGCGGGCGCGGGUCUCGGAGGCACUCGCCCCAGCGCCGCCCCCCGGGCGGCCGCAGCUCUUCCCGCGGCCCUCCUCCCUCCUCCUCCCUCCUCCCUCGUCCCUCCUCUUCCCUCCCUCCUCCCAGCUCGCUCGCGGGCCCGGCCCGGCAUGGUGCGGCGUCGCCGCCGAUGGCGCUGAGGCGGAGCAUGGGGCGACCUGGUCUCCCGCCGCUGCCGCUGCCGCCGCCGCCCGGGCUGCUGCUGCCGCUGCUGGCGGGUCUGGCCUCUCUGCUGCUCCGGGAGUCUGCGGCCGCAGGCCUGAAGCUCAUGGGAGCCCCGGUGAAGCUGACAGUGUCUCAGGGGCAGCCAGUGAAGCUCAACUGCAGUGUGGAGGGGAUGGAGGAGCCUGAGAUACAGUGGGUGAAGGACGGGGCUGUGGUCCAGAAUGUGGACCAGCUGUACAUCCCAGUCAGCGAGCAGCACUGGAUUGGCUUCCUCAGCCUGAAGUCAGUGGAGCGCUCUGAUGCGGGCCGGUACUGGUGCCAGGUGGAGGAUGGGGGAGAAACUGAGACCUCUCAGCCAGUGUGGCUCACGGUAGAAGGUGUGCCAUCUUUCACAGUGGAGCCAAAAGAUCUGGCAGUGCCACCUAAUGCCCCUUUUCAACUGUCUUGUGAGGCUGUGGGCCCCCCUGAACCUGUUACCAUUGUCUGGUGGAGAGGAGGCACGAAGGUUGGGGGACCUGCUCCGUCUCCAUCUGUUUUAAAUGUAACAGGGGUGACCCAGAGCACCGUGUUUUCCUGUGAAGCUCACAACCUAAAAGGCCUGGCUUCUUCACGCCCAGCUACUGUUCGCCUUCAAGCGCUGCCUGCAGCCCCCUUCAACAUCACCGUGACGAAGCUCUCCAGCAGCAAUGCUAGCGUGGCCUGGAUGCCAGGUGCUGAUGGCCGAGCCCUGCUCCAAUCCUGCACAGUUCAGGUGACGCAGGCCCCAGGAGGCUGGGAGGUCCUGGCUGUUGUGGUCCCGGUGCCACCCUUUACCUGCCUGCUCCGGGACCUGGUGCCUGCCACCAACUACAGCCUCAGGGUGCGCUGUGCCAAUGCCUUGGGGCCUUCUCCCUAUGCUGACUGGGUGCCCUUUCAGACAAAGGGUCUAGCCCCAGCCAGCGCUCCUCAAAACCUCCAUGCCAUCCGCACAGACUCAGGCCUCAUCCUGGAGUGGGAAGAAGUGAUCCCUGAGGGCCCUUUGGAAGGCCCCCUGGGACCCUAUAAACUGUCCUGGGUUCAAGACAAUGGAACCCAGGAUGAGCUGACAGUGGAGGGGACCAGGGCCAAUUUGACAGGCUGGGAUCCCCAGAAGGACCUGAUCGUGCGUGUGUGCGUCUCCAAUGCAGUUGGCUGUGGACCCUGGAGUCAGCCACUGGUGAUCUCUUCUUAUGACCAUGCAGGUCAGCAGGGCCCUCCCCACAGCCGCACAUCCUGGGUGCCUGUGGUGCUCGGCGUGCUCACAGCCCUGGUAACGGCGGCUGCCCUGGCACUCAUCCUGCUUCGGAAGAGGCGGAAGGAGACACGGUUCGGGCAAGCUUUUGACAGUGUCAUGGCCCGGGGGGAGCCAGCCGUUCACUUCCGGGCCGCCCGGUCCUUCAAUCGAGAAAGGCCUGAGCGCAUCGAGGCUACAUUGGACAGCUUGGGCAUCAGUGAUGAACUAAAGGAGAAACUGGAAGACGUGCUCAUUCCGGAGCAGCAGUUCACCCUGGGCCGGAUGUUGGGCAAAGGAGAGUUUGGUUCGGUGCGGGAGGCCCAGCUGAAGCAGGAAGAUGGCUCCUUUGUGAAAGUGGCUGUAAAGAUGCUGAAAGCUGACAUCAUUGCCUCAAGUGACAUCGAAGAGUUCCUCAGGGAAGCGGCUUGCAUGAAGGAGUUUGACCAUCCACACGUGGCCAAGCUUGUUGGGGUGAGCCUUCGGAGCAGGGCUAAAGGUCGCCUCCCUAUCCCCAUGGUCAUCCUGCCCUUCAUGAAGCACGGGGACCUGCACGCCUUCCUGCUUGCCUCCCGGAUUGGGGAGAACCCUUUUAACCUGCCCCUCCAGACCCUGGUCCGGUUCAUGGUGGACAUUGCCUGUGGCAUGGAGUACCUGAGCUCUCGGAACUUCAUCCACCGGGACCUGGCCGCUCGAAACUGCAUGCUGGCAGAGGACAUGACGGUGUGUGUGGCCGACUUUGGGCUCUCCCGGAAGAUCUAUAGCGGGGACUACUAUCGUCAGGGCUGUGCCUCCAAAUUGCCCGUCAAGUGGCUGGCCCUAGAGAGCCUGGCUGACAACCUGUACACUGUGCACAGUGAUGUGUGGGCCUUCGGGGUGACCAUGUGGGAGAUCAUGACUCGUGGGCAGACGCCAUAUGCUGGUAUCGAAAACGCUGAGAUUUACAACUACCUCAUUGGCGGCAACCGCCUGAAACAGCCUCCGGAGUGCAUGGAAGACCUGUAUGAGCUCAUGUACCAGUGCUGGAAUGCCGACCCCAAGCAGCGCCCGAGCUUCACGUGUUUGCGAAUGGAACUGGAGACCAUCCUGGGCCAACUGUCCGUGCUGUCCACCAGCCAGGACCCCUUGUACAUCAACAUCGAGCGAGCCGGGGAGCCUGCCGAGGAAGGCAGCCUGGGGCUGCCUGGUGGGCAUCAGCCCGGCAGCGGGGCUGGGGAUGGCAGUGGCAUGGGGGCAGUGGGGGGCACCCCCAGUGACUAUCGGUACAUCCUCAGCCCCGGAGGGCUGGCUGAGCGGCCAGGACAGGCGGAGCAGGAGCAGCAGCCAGAGAGCCCCGUCAGCGAGGCCCAGAGACUGCUGCUGCAGCAGCAAGGGCUGCUGCCCCACAGUAGCUGUUAGCCUCUAGGCAGAGGGACCGUCCUGCUGGUUCUGCUGGCCGCUGUGCUGGCUGACUAAGCCCCGUCUGACCCCAGCCCAGACAACAAGGUGUGGAGACUCCUGUGGUAGUCCUCCCAAGCUGUGCUGGGAAGCCUGGAUUGACCAAAUUGCCCAAUCCCAGUUCUUCCUGCAACCACUCUGUGGCCAACCUGGCAUCAGUUCAGGCCUUGGCUUGAUGGAGGUGGGCCAGGCCUGGUUGUCUGAGCCUAGGCAGCUGGCAGGAGGGGGGUAGUUAUGUUUCCAUGGUUAUCAUGGGUAUGGAUGGCAGUGGAGGAAGGGUAGAUCCAGUCCUGUGGGCUCCUACCCUCCCUGCUGAGCUGCCCCUGCUGCUUUAAUGCAUGCAUUGAGCUGCCUCCGGCCUGGGGGCCCAGCUGUGCCCGCAGUUGGAAUUUAAAUGCCUAGGUUUGUCCCUCCAAGUCACAAAGAGUGCCCUUGUAUUAUUCCCUUUUAGGUAAAAGUUGAUAAGGGGUUGGUACAGUUGGGUCCCAAGCCUUGUGGUAGGAGGCAGUGGAAUACUCUCAGGUCUGAAUUUUUGUCACCUUCCUGAUUCCCCACCCUGCCUAGGCCAGGAGAAGGGGGGUGAAAGGAGGGUGCUUCACUGAAGCUGGCAAGUUCACACCGAGGCAUGCUGGAGUGCCACAGGCUACCAGAUGCCCAUCUUCUAAAGGCAAUGCGCUGAGCCCAGCAAGAGGAAGGGGUGCUGUGGGGCUUACCUAGGAAUGGGUGAGGCUGGAGAGGUGUUCAGGAGCCCCUCUCCAGGCCUUCCCACAGUCUGUCUGAGCAUGCUAUGAAAUCCCAAAAUAUCCUAAGACUAACAAAGGCAGCUGUGUCUGAGCCCAGCCCUUCCAACCGUGACCCUGAGUCCCAGCUUCCCCUCUAACUGGAGACCCCUUCUGUCCCACGUCUCCAAAGAGAAAAUAGGCCUGAUGGCUGGUGUGGGUGAGGGGGAUUCUGGAGCCUGGGCCCCAGCCCUGGCUGGGGGAGCCCCCUGUAAUGCAUGGGGCAGGCCCUUGCUGUUAGGGACAUUUCCAAGUGGUUAGUUGCUGUUUAAAAACAAAUAAAAUUGAAGACUAAAGAUCUAA